AUGGUCAGAGGAGGUUCUACAACUUCCAGCUCUGAUCCAUGUUAUAAUUAUACGAUUCUUGAUGAAUACUGGAGAGACAUACAAGCAAACUAUUACUACUCUUCAGGUAAUGACAGUCUUGUUGAAUGGAGAGGCUGGUAUCGGCUGUAUCUGGGAGGACUCAGUGCUCAAAUGUCUGAGUGGUGUGUGAGUACUUCACAAUGUGGGGGUGAAACUGGAUUGUCUCUCAAUGGUUCUCAUCCAAGACUUGAGGAUGGAGUGGUGACCCGUGAAGUGGUGGGAACUAAUGCUAUGGUGUGGAUGUGGUCGACUUCCUCUUGUGGCAGCUACAAGUCUAACUCCAUUCGAGUCAAAACUUGUCCUGGAAAUUAUUACGUCUAUGAACUUGUCAAACCCAACGCAUCAAUCCCCAGGCCAAUGUAUUGUGCAGUUGCUUUCCAAAACAUCAGCAGUGAUCCCUGCUACAACUAUAAGUCUCUGGAUCGUCCCUGGAGAGCCAACAAUGAAAGUGGAGAUAACAUUUGUGAUUCUUCUUUCUCCUGGAACGGCUGGUACCGGCUUUUCUACCGUGGAAUGAACAUCCAGUUGCCAGAAUCCUGUGUUAGUUCAUACAGAUGUAACACACAGAUCCCACUGUGGUUGAACGGUCCUCACCCUCGGAUUGUGGAUGGAGUGGUGAUCAGAGAGGUCUGUGGAGGGACCUACGGGACUCAAUGCUGUAGUUACAAACCAAGACCAAUCAGAGUUAAAGCAUGUCCAGGAAAUUACUAUGUCUAUGAACUUGUGAGGCCAAACUGGUGUGCAGGAUAUUGUACAAAUAUUAGCACCAUUUCACAGCCGAUUACCACUAUACGUCCAGCUAUAACCACUAGAACCAACAACACAUUGAAUUAUGACCCAUGCAUUAACUACAACACACUCAAUGACAGCUGGAGAAACAUACUCAGUUAUGGUUAUGGAUCCGGUGCUAAUUAUGAUGACACAGAUGCUAACUGGGAUGGCUGGUAUCGACUCUUUCUUAAUGGAUUGAGUGCUCAGAUGCCUGAAUGGUGUGUGUCUUACUUGGCAUGUGGAGGUUUUAGUUCUCUGUGGCUUGGUGGCUCUCAUCCUCGGCUGGAAGAUGGAGCUGUUACUCGUGACAUUUACGGCUCUUACUAUGAGCAGUGCAGUUACUACCGAUCCGACCCAAUACAAGUCAAAGCUUGUCCUGGAAACUACUAUGUUUACAAAUUUACCAGACCACCUCUUUCAAUCCCAUCUCCUACAUAUUGUUCAGUACGUUUCACCACCCCAAGUGUUGACCCUUGCUACAACUAUAACAGUCUGAAUGAGACUUGGAGAGCAACAGACAAUCCCUAUGAUAGUAACUAUAGAAGGUGUGAUAACUUCCAGGGCUGGUACAGGCUGUUCUACAACGGUCAGAGUGCCCAGAUGCCAGAAUCAUGUGUAAAUCAAUACAUGUGUGGCACUUAUUACCCAAUGUGGCUCAACGGCUCCCAUCCGCGACUGGAAGAUGGGGUGGUCACCCGUCAGGUCUGUGCCUCCGGGUGGAGAGGCUGCUGUACUUACAGAUCUCUCCCUAUACAAGUCAAAGCCUGUCCAGGAAAUUAUUAUGUUUAUGAGUUUGUCAGGCCAGUAAUCUGUGGAGUUUACUGUGCAGAUAUAUCAAAACUUAGUGCAGCCUCUUCAACAACAGCAGCAACACCAAGAACAGCAACAGCAUCCAUUACUCCAAGAGUCACAGCCACUGGUUAUACAACUUCCAGCUCUGAUCCAUGCUAUAAUUAUACUAUCCUUGAUGAAUACUGGAGAGACAUACAAGCAAACUAUUACUACUCUUCAGGUAAUGACAGUCUUGUUGAAUGGAGAGGCUGGUAUCGGCUGUAUCUGGGAGGACUCAGUGCUCAAAUGUCUGAGUGGUGUGUGAGUACUUUACAAUGUGGCGGUGAAACUGGAUUGUCUCUCAAUGGUUCUCAUCCAAGACUUGAGGAUGGAGUGGUGACCCGUGAAGUGGUGGGAACUAAUGCUAUGGUGUGGAUGUGGUCGACUUCCUCUUGUGGCAGCUACAAGUCUAACUCCAUUCGAGUCAAAGCUUGUCCUGGAAAUUAUUACGUCUAUGAACUUGUCAAACCCAACGCAUCAAUCCCCAAGCCAAUGUACUGUGCAGUUGCUUUCCAAAGCUCCAGCAGUGAUCCCUGCUACAACUAUAAGUCUCUGGAUCGUCCCUGGAGAGCCAACAAUGAAAGUGGAGAUAACAUUUGUGAUUAUUCUUUCUCCUGGAACGGCUGGUACCGGCUUUUCUACCGUGGAAUGAACAUCCAGUUGCCAGAGACCUGUGGCUGGUACAGGCUGUUCUACAACGGUCAGAGUGCCCAGAUGCCAGAAUCAUGUGUAAAUCAAUACAUGUGUGGAACUUACAUCCCAAUGUGGCUCAACGGCUCCCAUCCGCGACUGGAAGAUGGGGUGGUCACCCGUCAGGUGUGUGGGAUCACUGUUCUGAACUCAGUUGCUCUGAGGAUGAACACUGUGGAGAAAAAAAUGGUGUUUAUGGCUGUUUAUGUAACGCAAACCAUUCCAGAUGGAGUUCUGAAUCUUUCGGUUGAUUUCUCAGAAACCUGUGAAAGCAGCUCUGGCUCCAUGUCUGUGUCUCGCUGUCAGCUUUUUGAGGCUGGUUUUUCAGCUGAUAUCUUACAUCUCAAUGAUCCAAGCUGUAAAGGAACAGUGCGCAAUGGCAGAGUGGAAUUUAAUUUUGACAACAAUGAACACAUCUGUGGUACAAACCUUGUGGCCAAUGGCACCCACUUCAUCUAUGAUAACUUCAUUCUGGGAACACCGAGGACAGAAGGCCUCAUCAGCAGAGAGAAGGUUCUGAAGCUUUCUUUUAGCUGUGCUUACCCCCAAACAGAAACUCUUUCCAUGAAUAUGGAAAUCAACCCACUGGAGAGCAUUGUGCACAAGAGCCUUCCAGCGGGUGAAGGCAGAUAUCGUGUUCGGAUGAUUCCAUAUCAGGACGAUGAGUUUACCCGGCCCUUCACUGGUAGUGUGGAUGCGGAGCUCAACCAGGAGAUGCAUGUGGAAGUUCGCGUUGAGGGGGUGGACAGUCGACAAUUUGCCCUGGUGAUAGACACAUGUUGGGCUACACCUGUGAAUGACCCCGAUUACACUCUCCGCUGGGAUCUCAUCGUUCAAGAGUGUCCCAAUCCAAAUGAUGACACAGUGGAGCUGCUGCAGAACGGCGUCUCGACAUCCAGCCGUUUCUCCUUCAGGAUGUUUAUCUUCACUGCAAACUCCACUAAGCUUUACCUGCACUGUUCUAUUCAACUUUGCCUUCUGUCUAGCAAUCACUGUUCAGUGAACUGUAACUCUGGGCAGCACUGGAGAAAGCGCAGGUCUCUGGACUUCCACGACAGUUCUUUCAAUAUCCAUGGGUCCUCUAAUGUUGUCAGAAGGAAACACAGGUGA